UUCAUGCCCGGCUCUCAUGUCACUGUGACGCGAGAAGGGGUGACCGCAACUGGUUAUGGAGGGUCGAAGGGUCAAAGUGCUUUCCCCGAAUCUCCUACCCUCUCGUCUUGUAGCUCUACUCAUGCUCUACUGUUCGGGCCCUUAGAGGACCGAGAAGCUGGAGACAACCACUAG